GGGGAGGUCGGGUGUGGGGCAGAAGGCAGCCAGGGACCGCGGGCAGGAUGUCUGUGUGUCCGGAGCUCAGCUUCAACGCCCAGCACGGCUACCUGGAGGGGCUGGUUCGCGGCUUCCGAGCGGGCAUCCUGAAGCGGGAAGACUACGCCAGCCUGGCACAGUGCGAGACUCUGGAGGAUCUGAAGGUGCACCUCCAGACCACAGACUACGGGAAGUUUCUGGCCGGCGAGAGCGAGGAUCUGACGGUGUCGCUGAUCGACGACCGGAUGAAGGAGAAGCUGCAGGCGGAGUUCAGCUACCUGCGCUGCCACGCCGUGCGGCCGCUCUCCACCUUCCUGGACUACAUCACCUACAGCUACAUGAUCGACAACGUGAUCCUGCUUCUCACCGGGACCUUGCGGCAGCGACCUGUGUCCGAGCUGUUGCCACGGUGCCACCCCCUGGGCAGGUUCGACCAGAUGGGGGCGGUAGGCAUUGCCCAGAGCCCUGUGGAGCUGUACAGUGCCAUCCUGGUGGACACACCCCUGGCUGAGUUUUUCCAGGACUCACUGUCUGAAAUGGACCUGGAUGAAAUGAAUGCUGAGAUCUUGAGGAACAAAUUGUACAAGGCUUAUAUAGAAUCCUUUCACAAGUUUUGCAAAGAAGAAGGUGGAUCUACAGAGGAGAUCAUGUGCCCCAUCCUGGAGUUUGAAGCCGACCGCCGUGCCUUCAUCAUCACCGUGAAUUCCUUCGGCACGGACCUGACUCGGGACCAGAGGAGCCAGCUGUUUCCCAGCUGUGGCAGGCUGCACCCGGAGGGGCUCCACCUGCUGGCUGAAGCUGAGGACAACGAGCAGGUCAAAGCGGUGGCGGAUUGUUACGCCGAAUACAAGCUGAUCUUUGAAGGGUCAAUGCAGGGAUCUGGCGACAAAACACUGGAGGACAGAUUCUUUGAACACGAGGUGAAACUUAACACUCUGGCUUUCCUGGACCAGUUCCACUUUGGGGUCUUCUACGCCUACGUGAAACUGAAAGAGCAGGAGAGCAGGAACAUCAUGUGGAUCGCGGAGUGCAUCGCACAGCGGCACCGAUCCAAGAUAGAGAAUUACAUCCCCAUUUUCUAGGGGGGGGUUUGGGGGGGGUGGCUACAGUGCAAAACAAAAACAACAUCAGAUGAGUUCUUUGUUCAAUCAGAGAGCGGCAUGAGGACAGUCAAGGGUGUUUUUGUUCGAAGCGGAUUCUCCUGAUGGUAAUCUGAAUGGAAUCAGUUCAGUUAUUCUGAGAAUGUUAAUGAGAGCAUUCAAGGGACACUUUCAUGACCAAAACAUUUAUCAGUAUUUGUCAAAAAGAAAUUAGAUUAGUCCUUCACGUUUUAUUUUGACACCACAACAGUUGCUGAAUUUUAUAUUAUAUAAAAAUGCCCCCCCCCCCCAUGAUUAUAUGUAUGAUUCUAUUAUAAUCAAAGUAUGUCUAUAAUUUUCAGAAAAUUCAUACAAUUAAGCAGUCUAAUACAAUGUGAUGUCAACCACAUUCUAUUAGACUGAGGUCUGAUUUUUGGAAAUAGCUGUAAUCAUUGCUGAAAAACCUUGUUCUAAA